AUGUCUGGUCUGUCGAGCGAGGAGAGGCUCCGCCUCAUCAAGGAGAAUCUCGCUGAGGUUCUAAAUCCCGAGAUUAUCACGUCCAUCCUCGACCAAGAGCGAAACCCCAAGAUCUACUGGGGCACUGCUCCAACUGGUCGACCUCACUGUGGUUAUCUUGUUCCCGCCAUCAAGAUUGCCCAGUUCCUUGCUGCCGGCUGCGAGGUUACCGUCCUUAUUGCGAACAUCCAUGCCAUGCUCGACAACCUGAAGACUACACCUGAGCUCAUUCAUCAUCGCGCUGAGUACUACCAGUUCACCGUCACUUCCACACUCAAGGCGUGCGGUGUCGAUACCACUAAGCUUCGCUUCGUCCGGGGUAGCUCCUUCCAGCAGAGGGACGACUAUAUUAUGGACUUCUACAAGCUUUCUACACUCGUGUCCGAGAAGGCAUGCAAGAAGGCUGGAACUGAGGUCGUCAAGCAGACUUCGGAGGCGCCUCUCAGUGCUGUCAUGUACCCCGUUCUACAGGUUCUGGAUGAGCAGUAUCUGGACAGCGACGCUCAGUUUGGCGGUGUCGAUCAACGAAAGCUUUUCACUGCAGCCAUCGAAUGGCUACCAAAGUUGGGUUACCGAAAGCGAGCCCACCUCAUGAACCCUAUGGUCCCUGGUUUGAAGGGAAGCAAGAUGAGCUCAAGUGAUGAGAAUAGCAAGAUUGAUCUUCUCGACUCACCCGAUGUUGUCGCAAAGAAAAUCCGCAAAGCCGAGUGUGUUCCCAGGCAGGUUCAGGAGAAUGGUGUAUUGGCUCUCGUGGAGUAUGUUCUGCUGCCUGCUUCUGCUUUGAAGACUGGCGUCCGAGAGUUCAAGGUUGAGAGAAAGGAUGCCGAGCCUCGUGUCUACAGCGAUAUUGAAACAGUUCAUGAGGACUACUCAAACGAUGUGUUGACUCCUCAGAUGCUGAAAGCUGCUGUGAUUGAUGGACUCCUCGAGUUGAUCGGUCCUAUCCAGGCUGAGUACCAAGCCUCGAAUGAAUGGCAGGAAGUCGCUCUCAAGGCCUACCCACCACCUGUCAAGAAGGAAAAGAAGGUCAAGAAGGGCUAG